AUGACGAGCGAGGACGAACGGGGCUCGCGGAUGAGGAACACGGACUUCAGCAUAGCUCGUAUACUGGCGAACGAUACGACGUCGUCGUGUUGCUGCGAGACGCGGUUGUCUCUUGAUGAACGCGACGACGACGCGAUUCGAAACGACGACGACGACGACGGCGUCGCGCGAAAAUCGCGGAAACGCCGCGUCGACGAAGAGGAAAAUAUCGCGCGGGAUAGAGAGACGAAGAACGAGUUGCGGGAACGAUUACUGGGAACGAGAUACGGGAAAGAGGAGGAACGCGAUGAUGAGGAACGCGUCGUUGUCGCGGAAACGAAUAACGACGUUAUUCGCGUGGAUGCGACACGAAGAAGCGAUUUAACGUGGCUUCAUUAUACCAGAUAUAGACCGCCGAAGUUGCCCAGAAGAUCCCUCGUCGAGAAGAGAACGAAGCGACGUGCGGGCGAUCAUCCCCGCAUCCCGUUCUCGUCGUCGCAGUUGGAAGUGUUGGAGAAUAGGUACAGGAGAAGCGCUUAUCUUUCCAGGAACGACGUCAUCGAGAUAUCCGCGACGUUGAGACUGCCGCAGAGCAAAGUACGUCAGAAAAAAUAAAGAUCUGGUUUCAAAAUCGUCGUGCGAGACAAAGACGCGAGUUGCUGAGUUCCACAACGACGACGUCUACG